AGCAUUUGACCUCAACAAACAUGGCUGCUGCAUUUCCUCUGGAGGACUCGUCCCCUUAAGAAGGAUGGAGGCAGGGCAUUUCCUGGUCAGCCCUUUUGCCUUCAACAAAGAUGGUGCCUCCAGCCCCGGGCCGGGAGCGUGUGUAAUCCCCGGCUUUCCGGCUAUGGAUGCCAGAGACAAGCAGGUUCUGCGUUCCCUGCGGCUGGUGCUCUGCUCAGAGGUGCUGGUGGAGGGGCUCAUCAUUCACUACCUCUACCAGGAAGGCAUUCUAACAGAAAACCACCUUCAAGAAAUAAAGUCCCAAGCCACCAAUCACAGAAAAACCAUGAUGCUUCUAGAUAUCCUUCCUACCAGAGGACCCAAGGCCUUUCGGACGUUCUUAGAUUCCUUACAGGAGUUUCCAUGGGUGAGAGACCAAUUGGAGAAAAAGCGUAAGGAAAUUAUGGCAGAGGAUCCUGUAGGUGACGGGUUAACUGGAAUUCCACCAGACGUUUUGAAGAAAUCACCAACAGAUCAGCAGAUUAACAAACUUGCCAGGAGUCUGGGGCCUGAGUGGGAGCAUAUAGUACUGUCCCUGGGCUUGUCACAGAAUGACAUCUACAGAUGUAAAGUCAAUCACCCUCACAAUGUGCAGUCACAGAUUGUGGCUACAUUUGUCCUUUGGAGACAGCGUUUUGGAAUCAAAGCAACAAUCCAAAAUCUGCACACCAGUCUGAUGGCCGUAGAAGUGGAUCCUUCUGUGAUCCAGCAUAUGCUUGAGUGAAGUCUUGUUAUUGAUUGGUGGCUCUUGAGUUUUUUGCUAAAUGAAAUCAAUUGGAUUCACUGAAUCACU